UUGUGUGAGAGACUUGAAUGGGCUCCCCCUCAGCGCGCGCUGAUGGUCGCUCCCUGUUUGUGUGCGUUAAUGUAAGCAGAAGCGUGAGUGUGUGAGAGAGUGUUUGAGUGUGUGAGUGAGAGGGAGCGUGUUUGGCAGGCAACAAUGAGAAUUUGGAGACUUUUAAAACCAAACCUGAGGAAUUUCUUUGCCACACAGAUCAGGAUGUCGUCUGAUCAGCUUGGAGAGCUGGGUAGAGGAGUGGGGAAGGGAGGAGGAGGAGGCGGCGCAGUGAGGGAGGCAGGAGGAGCUUUUGGGAGGAGAGAGGCAGCUGAGGAGGAGAUGUAUUUCAAGAGGAAAGAGCAGGAACAGUUGGCCGCUCUGAGAAAACACCAUGAGGAAGAGAUUGAUCAUCAUAAGAGAGAGAUUCAGCGUCUCCAGCAAGAGAUCAUCCGUCACGAGGGCAGAAUCCGCAAACUCAGACUUGACGACUGACGACUGGGUUCAUCAUCAGAUCUUCCAGCCUUGACGACCCUCCCCGUUUUUUUUUGUUUGUGUGAUUAGUUGUUCACAUUUGGUUGGACUGAAUUAAAAGAGGGGUACUGAUUAACCAGGAUAUUGAUACUUCUUUCUACAAACUGCUCACAUCUUUUUUUCUUUUUUACACUGUCACUGAAUGGCGUUCUGGCCACGCCCUCUAUGCA